GGGUUGCUCCCGACUUUAUCAGACCAACAGUGUUGUGUGCAGAGUGGCGGUGAGAGCAACUGCGUGUUGAAGGAACUUCAAGCGCCUGAUCUCUUGCCGGACUCAUACUCUGCAAUUGAGAGACCUAGAAGCUUUUGUGGAGCGCAAAUUCAGCGCAAGUAGUAGUCAUGAGUUUUCAGGAUCUCCAGAACAAUGGCGCCAGGCCCUUCCCCUCUUCAUCUCAGAGUCCCUCGCAAGCCGUGGCCGCCGGCAUAUUCCAGAUCAAAACCGCCGUCGCUGCCUUCCGGAGGCUCGUCGACGCUGUCGGCACCGCUAAGGACACUCCCGAUCACCGUCAAAAGCUGGUCGAUACAAGACAACGGAUUAUGCAGUUGGUGAAGGAAACUUCUGCUAAGCUCAAAAUCGUCAGUGAUUCCGACCGCUCUGCCAAUGUCGAUCCAAGCAAGAGAAUAGAAGAUGCUAAGCUUGCAAGAGAUUUUCAAACUACCUUGCAAGAGUUCCAGAAAGUUCAACAGCUAGCUUCUGAGCGUGAGUCUACUUACUCACCCUUUACCGCGACAUCCUCCAUGAGCCAAACCAGAACUAUCUCUAUUCAAUCUCCAGCAGUUAGCACUGACCAGGAGAACCAACCAUUCCUUAUGGAACAUAAAAGGCAGGAGAUAUUACUUCUAGGAAAUGAAAUUGCGUUCAAUGAAGCUAUAAUGGAGGAACGAGAACAAGGUAUCAGAGACAUACAAGAUCAAAUUGGGCAGGCAAAUGAAAUUUUUAAAGACUUAGCUGUUCUAGUUCACGAGCAAGGAAUAGUUAUUGAUGACAUUCAAUCAAAUAUUGAAGCUUCCUCUGAUGCAACCACACAGGCUAGAGUACAGUUAUCCAAAACGUCCAAAAGCAUCAAAUCUAAAUGCUCUUGGUGUUGGUGGGCGCUGGCAGUUCUCGUAGUGGUGUUGGUGAUUGUUUUCCUCAUCUUGAUCAUAUAGAAACCGAGUACGUAUGCCGCUGUAGAGUGAUGCUGGUUAGACUAAUAUAUAUAUAUAUAUGUAUGUAUCUUUCUUUUUUCCUUUUUGUGCCUGCGGUUUCUGAUUUGUGCUGAUGAGAUGAAAUUUUGUGUUCUGUGGGGGGGGGGAGAGAGAGAUUGUGUUAAUCAUUCAGGACUAGCCUUUUGCCAUGCUUCUAGUAAGCAUGAACAGAGUUUGCAUUUGAUGAAAGUUGAUGUUGUUGUCGUUUGGAUUUGAUUUGUCACAGAGGGUGGUGUUGGAUGCAUGUUUGUUUGCAGCGCAGCAUUGCUUGUACUACUAAUGAAUCUUAAAAAAGUAUUUUGGCCAUUACAAGGACCAUCAAUACCACGGCAUUUAAUCUCA